AUGACAUUAAACGGAGCUGCCAUCUCCAAUGGCACCGGCCACGGGAAACCCCUCGAUAUUUUGGCACUAGGCAUGAACAGUGGUACAUCAAUGGACGGAGUAGACAUUGUGCUUUGCCGUUUCCGCCAGGAGGCUCCAGAGGCUCCUAUGCACUUUGAACUUCUCAAGUACGGCGAAGUGCCCAUGGACCUCGAACUCAAAAAGAGAGUGCUCAACAUCAUUUACCAUGACAAGACAUCGGCGUCCGAGCUUUCGGAGGUCAACGUAUUGCUGGGCGAGAUCUUUGCAGACGCCGCCAUCAAGUUCUGCAAACAGCAUGGGGUUGACGUCAAAACCAUCGAUGUAAUCGGUUCCCAUGGUCAGACCAUUUGGUUGGAGAGCAUGCCCGCUCCGGGAAUUCCCAGGUCAGCUUUGACCAUGGCCGAGGGUACCAUCAUUGCCGCCCGGACGGGAGUCACAACCGUCACUGACUUCAGGGUCUCCGAUCAGUCGGCCGGUCGGCAGGGCGCCCCCCUCAUUGCCUUCUUCGAUGCUCUCCUUCUCCACGACCCCACAAAGCUUAGAGCCUGCCAGAAUAUUGGCGGCAUCGCCAAUGUGUGCUUCAUCCCCCCGGAGGGGCCGGAGUUUGCCUACGACUUUGACACCGGCCCCGGGAACUGCCUGAUCGAUGCGGUGGUACGUCACUACACGAAUGGGGAGCAAGAAUACGACAAAGACGGCGUCAUGGGCAAGCGCGGAAAGGUCAACCAAGAACUUGUCGACAAGUUCAUUGCCUCGGUCCCUUACUUCUCCUGGGAUCCUCCCAAGACGACCGGUAGAGAGGUCUUCCGCGACACACUCGCAGACAAGCUUAUCUCUGAAGCUGAGGCUCUGGGCAUGUCUGCUGACGAUGUUGUCGCCACGGUCACCCGGAUUACUUCGCAGGCCAUUGUCGAUCAUUGGCGUCGGUAUGGCCCCAAGGGCAAGCAGGUCGAGGAGGUCUUCAUGUGCGGCGGGGGGGCGUUUAACCCCAAUAUUACGGACUACAUGCGUGAGAACCUUCCCGGUGUGAAGAUCCGCAUGCUUGAUGAGGCUGGGAUCCCGGCGGGUGCUAAGGAGGCCGUUACCUUCGCCUGGCAGGGUAUGGAGGCCGUAGUUGGCCGUAGUAUCCCAGUUCCGGAUAGAGUGGAAACAAGGAGGCCCUGGGUCCUUGGAAAGGUAAAUCCUGGCGAUAAUUACCGGGAGGUCCUUACAAAGGGCAUGUCAUUUGGGCAGGGCAGAACCAAGCUGGACUGGGUCAAGAAGAUGAUAAACUACGUUGAUGGCGAGGUAUUUGAUAGCAGACUCAUAUAA